AUGAGUGUACCCAUUUUGACGAUUCCGGAGUCUGCCUACGAUGUUUCUGCGUAUUUGGCAGCAGGACAAACGCGUAAGAGGUCACAGCUCUUUGUAUAUCUUGUGAAACUUACCCAUGGUUCGGCUAUAGCUUUGACGAUGGCAUAUUUGAUUGGAUAUUUUGGACUUAAACCGCUCCUUGAAACUACAGCAGCGAGGAGAUUAGAACUUUUGGAGUUUUAUCGUGGUAAAUUGCGUGACUGUUACUUGAAAUUAGUGGAAAAAGUCACCUAUAUACCAAUAGUUGCCAUUAACAAAAACGAUGGAUCGGGCAAAUUAUAUGCUGAUGCAGUUUGCCAAACUCCCCAAUCACACAUUUCCCUAAACACAAAAACAGACGAAGAGGUGGAGGAAGAACGUAACAAAAACGACCGGUUACGCCAGGGAAAAUUGACCAGUAAACUCAACCAGUUACUCAGUAGGCUUCUGGAUUGUCACGCGUACCAAGUGGGAGAAAUGCCCAAUUAUAAACUUGUACUGAACUUGGUCAAAGAGUUUCAGAGCAAGUCGGAUCUGGACAUGUUUGAUGAUCUUUUCAUUGGCCAAGCGGAGAACAAGACUACAGGAACUUUGAGAAGAAAAAAUUAUGUGCUGGAAGUCACCAACGAAAUACGAAGCAUCAAGGGGUUGUAUAUGAGUGGACAGAUAUGA